UUAGAUUUUAUAGGAAAACAUUUAUUUUAUACAUUCGCAUUGCAUUUUCACUAUUUUCAGUUCUUCAUUUCAGUUUCUUCAAUCUUUCAAGAUAGUGGUAAAGAGCAUAUAGUAACAUAUGCGAAAAUGGGGAAGCCCGAACCUGCGCGCAAAUGUGUUAGUUAACGUUUUUCUUGGUGUAACAUUUCACAACUUUAGUUUUGGUAAUACCUCGACGACGUCGUCGAAACCUUCAAAUUUAAGUUUACGCGCAUGCUCUUCUACUAGAAUGAGUUCUAGAAAACAAGUCAACGUGGCCAAAAGAAAAUGGUCUAGGAAAAAUAAAAAAAUAAAGCUGCUGUUUGAACAGCUUCGCGAGAGCCACUCCGUUAUAGAUCUAGACGAGUCUAAUAACACUGAAAGCAGGAAGCGGAAAUCAUCUUCAGUUGACUUGAGUGAAACUGUCAAGGCAAAGGUCAAAAAAGUGGAUCACAACUCGAGUGUGAUUGUCAUACAAGACAAUGAUCAUUUGCCCAAUGCAACUCCACAGAAAAAACGAAGUCCACUUCAUUGCUCUACGCCUCUUGGCGGGAGACAGAGCACAAAUUUUAUAGAUUUAAAUGUGUCCGCAAUAAAGAAUGUGACAAACAACAAUGAUUUAUUAGAUAACUUUAACCGUGAAGUAUCAAAUUUAACAUCAGAUAUAAAAAGUGGGAUCCCUGUCAACAAACAAUACAUAACAGUAGACCUCACAGGAGAGGUGCAGGGUACUAGUAAAGAUAUUAUCAAUGUCACAGAUAGUGACUGCAUAUUAGUAUCAUCAAAUACAUCCGUGAGCUCGAGUAGGGACUCACAACUAACAGUAAUAGAGAGACCCAAAAGUACAGUAUCUGAGGAGCGAACAAUUCGUAGGGUCGCUAAAGGUUUGAACGGCUUGAUAGCCAACCUGGACACUUCGUCCCAGGGCAAACUCCUAAAGAUGAUUACGCAGAACAUUUUCAGCGGCUGUAAUGUAGCUAUGGGUUUGAAAAAUAACCUUGAUAAUGAUAGGGUACCCCGCAUAGCCGAGACGCCCGAAGAUGUAUACAUCAAAGAAAUGUUCAAGGGUGACCGGCCCUCUAACAGCAGUGUUGGCAGCAACAUUUAUAACCCGGAUAAACAUGUGAAGAGGACCGGGCCUAGGACCAUAGUCAUAGAUGGCAGUAAUGUUGCAAUGGAGCAUGGCAGAGGCAGAGAAUUUUCUGUUAGAGGGUUAAAGAUCUGUAUGGAUUAUUUCGUGAACAGGGGUCACGAGGUCAGGGCGUUCGUGCCGAGGUUUAGGUGUAAGUUUGGCAAGAGUACGGACCCUCGGCUGUUGGACGCGAUGGAGCGGAGCGGGCUGGUCGUGUACACGCCGUCGAGGGAGGUGCAGGGCAAGAUGAUCGCAUCCUACGACGAUAGGUACAUAGUGCAGUACGCGUCGGCGGUCGACGGCGUGAUCGUGUCGGGCGACAACUACCGGGACGUGGCGCUCGAGCACCCGCGCUGGCGCGCCACCAUCGAGCGCCGGCUGCUGCCUUUCACCUGGGUCCAGGACAUGAUCAUGUUCCCCAGGGACCCGCUCGGCAGAAACGGACCUACCCUCGAACAGUUCCUGAGACACGACGGCUAGGUAGCUAAUACUCGCCGAUAGCUUCGUU